AUGGACUCGUCUGCGUCUACUUCUGAAGCCAAAAGCCUUCCUUGGACCGAGGAAGCAAAGUACCAGUUUCUGUUACGCAUCGUGGCGCAGUUGCGUCAGGACGGCAAAGCAAUUAGCUGGCAGAAGAUCAACAUGCCGGGCCGAACGCCCAAGUCCCUGCAGAACAUGUGGACUAAGAUAAACAAGACCAUCGCCGAGAUGGAGCAGGAGAAUGGCGAUGCCACGCCGGUCAAUAAGCCUUCGCCUCGUAAGAAGCUACCGACCAAGUCGAAGUCCGUUGCCGAUCAGGUGGACGGCGAGUAUGUGGAAGACGACGACGAGCUGCCCAUCAAGGCGACGCCAAAGAAACGGGGCCCUGCCAAGUCUGCGGGGGGCUCGGCGAAGAAAGCCAGGAGUAGAGCGCUGGAGGGUGAGGUUGGCUGCAAAGGUGACGACGGGCAUGGUGAGAGCGAUGGAGAAAUCUGA